AUCAUAAGGGGUGGUACGCGUUCAAAAUUCCUAUCUUAAAAGCGUGAUUUCAAGCCGGCAUUUUUUUUUCCCCCAUUUAAUUCGAUUUUUCGAAUGCAAAUAAGAAACAGAAAAAAUUCCAAAUGUGUUUAAGUGUACAAAUAAUAAUUCUGUGAAUUAAGAAAAUAAAAUCAUAUUUCUAAUUCUAUAUAAUUUAGUUAUAAAAAUAAUAUUUUGUGUGCUUUUUUUCGUGAACAAAAAAAAAAAAAUAAAAAUAAAUAAGUGACUAAAGAAGAAAAAUAAGUGAAAAAUGUUAAUGUAAAGCAGAAAAGGAUCCUUUCGAAAAAAAAAGAUUCUUUCAACGAGUAUUUUGUUCUUCUAUACUAAGGAGUCAAAAUAGGAACUUCCAAGCACGAGUUCUACUUCAAAGUCGUUACAGGUAGCAUUCUGCGACGGUGGUAUAUUUGAGUGCAGUGUGACGGGUGACGAAGGAAAGGCGGGAAAAAGAGUCAAUAUGACUCCUAUUUUCCUUGUCCUGUUGGUGGCAAUCGACCCAAUUAUCGCGCAAAAUGGUGAGAACAACAUCAAAUCUGGCAUCAUGUAUGUAUCACAACCUCCAAAUAUCCUGGUCAGCCCACUGUCGCAGCAGGUUAAGUCUGGUGGAAUAGCGAGUUUUUUCUGUAGAGCCGGCGGAACACCACCACCCCAAAUAUACUGGCGUAAAAAUGGCAAGAAAGUUUCACAAUCACAAUCACGAUAUCAAGUUGAACAAAAUCAAAAUGGUGCUAUAUUUCGAAUCGAGCCUGUUAGGCCACAACGUGACAAUGUCCUCUACGAAUGUGUGGCCGAAAAUGGUGUCGGGGAUGCUGUAUCAGCGACUGCUCAACUCACCGUCUAUGAAGCUGAAAGUUUACCAAAUGGAUUUCCGAUGAUCACACAGGCGCCUACUACCAAAGUAGUCGAAAUGGGACACAAUGCAUUGUUAUCUUGUUCGGCAAUUGGAUCACCAUCGCCUAUAAUAUCUUGGGUGAGAAAUUCUGUGCCAAUCGACACGUCAAAUCCACGCUACACUGUUCUUGAAUCCGGAGCGCUGCAAAUCACGAUGUCUGAAGUCAAGGACCAAGGAAAGUAUGAAUGUGUGGCAAAUAACUCCGUUGGUACUGAAUAUUCCAAGUCAACUAUGCUCUACGUUAAAGAACGACGAGUACCACCUCAAUUUUCAAUUCCGCCACCUGCUGUGACUGAAGUUAUGUUUGGUGCAACUUUAAAUCUGACGUGCGUUGCUUAUGGUGCGCCAAUGCCUUAUGUCAAAUGGAGAAAGGAACCUGAUACCGAUAUGACACCUGAUGAUAAACUACCAGUUGGUAGAAAUGUUCUUAUUCUAAACAAUAUUCAACAAUCAGCAAACUAUACAUGUGUAGCAGCCAGUGAUCUCGGUUUAAUUGAUGCCACUACAAUGGUCAAAGUUCAAUCACUUCCUGGUCCACCGGAAAACGUUCAAGUAUCAGAUAUUACGGCGACUUCGGUGAAAUUAACGUGGUCUUACAAGAGACCAGACGAACUACAAUAUUAUGUCAUUCAACACAAACCAAAGCAUGCAAAUCAAGCCUUUGCUGAAAUAUCUGGAAUCACGACAAUGUAUUAUCAUGUGCGAAGUCUUAGUCCUUAUACCGAAUAUGAAUUGUAUGUCAUUGCUGUCAACACCAUUGGACGAGGUUCCCCAAGUGACCCGGUGAUUGUCACCACUGGUGAAACAACGGAUUCAACAUAUGGAGGUGCCAAACCUGGUACGGCGCCGCGUAAGGUCCAAGUUCGCCCUCUUAGUUCCAGUACAAUGGUUAUUCAAUGGGAUGAGCCAGAAACUCCAAAUGGUCAAGUAACAGGUUACAAGGUGUAUUAUACAACGGAUCCAAAUCAACCAAUGGCAUCGUGGCAAUCGCAAAUGGUUGAUAAUAAUCAAUUGACAACAAUUGCUGAUCUCACGCCACAUACAAUUUACACCAUUACUGUUCAAGCGCUCACAAGUGUUGGGCCUGGUCCCGUUAGUCCUCCGGUGCAAAUAAAAACACAACAAGGGGUACCGAGCCAACCGGAGAAUUUACAGGCAGUGGAACUUGGGGAAACCAAAAUUACGCUCCAAUGGGACAAACCUGCCCAUAGCGCUGAAAAUAUACUCAGCUAUGAGCUGUAUUGGAACGAUACUUAUGCAAAAGAAAAGCAUCAUCGACGAAUUCCAGCGACAGAGAAUUACACGCUGACUGGAUUGUAUCCAAAUACAUUGUACUACGUUUGGCUAGCGGCACGCACACAAAGAGGAGAAGGUGCAACGACAACACCUUAUCCAGUUCGGACAAAGCAGUAUGUACCCGGGGCUCCGCCUCAGAAUGUAAGUGGAAGAGCAGUCAGCCCAACAUCAAUUUUGGUAACAUGGAAUCCACCGCCUGCUGAACAUUCUCAUGGAAGGAUUGCAUACUACAAACUGCAAGCCGUUGAAAGUGGACGUUCCGAUUCGGAAGCACGACUUGUCACACUCAACAACACGCAAUUUUUAUUGGAUGAACUGAAAAAAUGGACCGAAUAUCGAAUUUGGGUUGCCGCUGGUACGAGCGUAGGUGAUGGACCAUCAAGUCGUCCAUUGACUGUCAAAACUCACGAGGAUGUGCCAGGAGAUCCUCAGGAUGUCAGAGCAACGCCCAUUAAUUCUUCAUCCAUCCAUGUUGUAUGGAAGCCACCGAAAUCAAAGGAUCAAAAUGGAGUAAUUCGAGGGUAUCACAUUCAUAUACAGGAAGUUAGUGAAAAGAAUAAAGAUCUUCUCAACGAGCCAAUGCAAGUUAACAUUCAGGAUCAAGGCAUUUUAGAAGCGAAUAUAACGGGUCUUCAGCCUGACACUAAAUAUACAAUUCAAGUUGCUGCACUGACAAGAAAAGGGGAUGGAAAUCGUUCAAGUCCUGUUGAAAUCAAAACUCCCGGCGGUGUUCCUCACAGGCCGGAACUGAUGAUAAAAUUAACUCAUAGAGAUGAUCCAACAACAUUAGAAUUAAGUUGGGACGUACCUCAACAAACUUAUGGAGAAUUAAAAAAUUACAGAGUCAAAUAUGGAAUAAAAGGACAAAAUCUUCGGGAAGUUAUUCUUCCAACUGAACAGAAAAAUUUCAAAAUAACAGAUCUCAUUGAACGAGGUGUGGACUACGAAUUUCGAGUUGCUGGAAAAAAUCACAUUGGAUUUGGACAGGAAGCUGUGCAAUAUUGGGCAAGUCCUGAAAGUGAACCAUCCGGACCACCGACAAAUUUAUCGUUUCACUUUCAAACUCCCGACACAGUUUGCGUGACUUGGAGUGAACCAUUGCAACAACAUAAAAAUGGUCGUAUCACAAAUUACGAUGUACAAUUUCACAAGAAAAAUGAUCACAGUACAAUUGUUGAUCGUAAUACAACAAGUACGCGUGCCGUAUUUACAAAUCUCGAAGAAAACACCGAAUAUGUAUUUCAUGUUAAAGCACAUACACAACGUGGUAGUGGACCAUUUUCUGAGAAAAUUACCAUUGUCACCGAAAAAGAUAUUGGACGUGCGCCAAUGAAUGUAAAAGCCGUUGCAACAUCAGAAUCAAGUGUUGAAGUCUGGUGGGAGCCAGUACCAAGUCGUGGUAAAAUAAUUGGUUAUCAAAUUUUUUACACAAUGACAGCAGUUGCCGAUCUCGAUGAAUGGAAACAAAAAUCCGUGGGCUUGACAGAAUCAGCAGAUCUUGUAAAUUUGGAAAAAUAUGCUGAAUAUGCAGUGGCAGUUGCAGCACGACAUAAAACGGGUCUUGGUCGUCUCAGUGAAAAGAAAACAGUAAAAGUAAAACCUGACGAUGUGCCAUUGAAUUUAAGAGCACCUGAGACAUCAACACACUCGAUGACACUCUCCUGGACACCGCCCAUAAGACUGAAUCCCGAAAAUUAUAAAGUUUCAUUUGAUGCAGUUAAAACUUUUGUUGAUUCACAGGGACAGGGACGUACGCAAAUUGUCCCUCGUAAAGAAAAAGUUUUAGAUCAUCAUACAACAACGGUGAUAAUUGAUGAUCUACAACCAUUUACAACAUAUAAUGUUAAUGUGACUGCAGUGCCUCCUGAUAAUUCAUAUCGACCACCAGCGAGAAUAACAGUCACAACACAAAUGGCAGCACCAAAACCAAUGGUGAAACCAGAUUUUUAUGGUGUUUAUAAUGAUGAAAUUCAAGUGAUAUUACCAUCGGCUUCGGAAGAAUAUGGACCCAUUUCACAUUCCUAUUUAGUUGUUGUUCCUGAAAAUUCGACAUAUUCAAAUAUUGAACCCGAUGCAUUAACUGAGGAUAUGAUUUCGGGCAAAAAUGCUAAAGAUAAAGAGAAUCCGCCUUACAUUGCUGCUAAAUUCCCCCAAAGAUCGACUCCCUAUACUUUUUAUUUGGGGAAUGGAGAUCUUUAUGAUGGUUAUACGAAUAAAAUAUUGGAUAAAAACAAAAGGUACAGGGUAUUUGUACGUGCUGUUGUCGACACUCCACGAAGGCAUCUUUACACAUCGUCACCAUUCUCGGAAUAUUUAUCAUUAAAUAUGAGAAAAGUACCUCCUGGUGAUCCUCCACUUCGACCAUCCAAUAUAGACAAUCCUGGCGAAGGAAAUCCCGAAGUUUCAGUAAAAACAAGCGGUCAAGAACCUGGAAUGGUGUGGGUGAUUGGUCCAAUAAUUGCAGCCUUAAUGGUUUGCGUGUGUCUUGUUCUUCUAUUUGUUGUCAAACAUCGAAGACAACCGUGCAAAACACCAGAUCAAGCGGCAGUCACACGACCAUUGAUGGCUGCCGAUAUGAGUUCAAAUCCAGCGCCCUCCGAUCCAGUGGAAAUGCGUCGAUUAAAUUUCCAAACACCUGGCAUGAUGUCACAUCCACCAAUUCCAAUAAGCGAAUUGGGCAAUCAUAUUGAACGACUGAAGGCAAAUGACAAUCUUAAAUUUAGCCAAGAAUACGAAUCAAUAGAACCUGGUCAACAAUUCACAUGGGAUCAUUCAAAUAUGGAGGUGAAUACAUCGAAAAAUCGUUAUGCAAACGUAAUUGCCUAUGAUCAUUCGCGUGUAAUUCUUCAGACAAUCGAUGGUAUACCCGGCUCGGAUUAUAUUAAUGCAAAUUAUUGUGAUGGUUAUCGAAAACAAAAUGCAUAUGUGGCAACGCAAGGACCAUUGCAAGAGACAUUUGCUGAUUUUUGGCGAAUGUGCUGGGAAUUAAGAUCAAAUACAAUUGUCAUGAUGACAAAACUUGAGGAGAGAACGAGAAUUAAAUGCGAUCAAUAUUGGCCAACAAGAGGCGCAGAAACUUAUGGACAAAUGACAGUGUCAAUAAGUGAUGUACAAGAAUUGGCAACCUAUUGUAUUAGAACAUUUCAAAUAUGUCGCAAUGGAUAUUCGGAGAGAAGGGAAAUUAAACAAUUACAAUUUACCGCAUGGCCUGAUCAUGGUGUACCAGAGCAUCCUGCACCAUUUCUUCAAUUUUUACGUCGUGUUAAAGCACUAAAUCCAUCUGACAGUGGACCAAUGGUUGUUCAUUGUAGCGCCGGUGUUGGACGUACGGGUUGUUUUAUUGUCAUUGAUUCAAUGCUCGAGAGAAUUAGGCAUGAGAAAAUGAUUGAUAUUUAUGGACAUGUGACAUGUUUGCGAGCACAAAGAAAUUAUAUGGUACAAACUGAGGAUCAAUAUAUCUUCAUUCACGAUGCAUUACUUGAAGCUGUUAUUUGUGGUAAUACUGAAGUACCAGCGAGAAAUUUACAUUCCCACAUACAAAAAUUAAUGCAACCUGAAAUUGAUAUUAUCACGGGUAUGGAAUUAGAAUUUAAAAAAUUAUCAAACAUCAAGGCAGACUCGACACGAUUUAUAUCGGCCAAUUUACCAUGUAACAAACAUAAAAAUCGUUUGGUUCACAUUUUGCCUUAUGAAUGUACACGUGUUUGUUUACAGCCACAACGCAAUAUUGAGGGUUCAGAUUAUAUAAAUGCAAGUUUAAUUGACGGCUAUCGUUAUCGUAGCGCUUAUAUUGCCACUCAGGGUCCAUUGAAAGAUACAACUGAUGAUUUUUGGCGUAUGCUUUGGGAGCAUAAUUCAACAAUUGUCGUAAUGUUGACAAAAUUAAAAGAAAUGGGUAGAGAAAAAUGCCAUCAGUAUUGGCCGUCCGAUCGAUCAAUUCGAUAUCAAUGUUUUGUUGUUGAUCCAAUUGCUGAAUAUAAUAUGCCACAAUAUAUUUUACGUGAAUUUAAAGUAACUGAUGCAAGGGAUGGCGCAAGUCGUACAGUGAGACAAUUUCAAUUUAUCGAUUGGCCCGAACAGGGUGUACCCAAAUCAGGAGAUGGAUUUAUUGACUUUAUUGGUCAAGUACACAAAACAAAGGAGCAAUUUGGUCAGGAUGGUCCUAUCACUGUUCAUUGUAGUGCAGGUGUUGGAAGAACUGGAGUUUUCAUUACUCUCAGCAUUGUUUUAGAGAGAAUGCAAUACGAGGGUGUUGUCGAUAUUUUCCAAACUGUUAGAAUAUUGCGUACACAACGUCCGGCAAUGGUUCAAACUGAGGAUCAAUAUCAAUUCUGCUAUCGUGCUAGUCUGGAAUAUUUAGGUUCUUUCGAUCACUACGCCAACUGACAAGCGGAAAUUCGCGAGACUAGGGAGGUGCCGAGGGAUAGAGGUGAGAGAAGAAAUCGAGAUAUUGGAGAGAGAGCAAAAGUACGACGGGUUUAAUUUCGUAAGAUGAAUUGUGUAUGUGUGUAUGUAUAGCUUGUCUUUCCUCUAAUACGAACAAAAGCCAGUCAAUAUCCGUGUUAAGAAGUUAGUAUUUAUCAAUAUUCAAGAAAAGCAAAUGAAAUGGUUCCAAAAAAAAAGAAAAGAAAUAAUGAAACUGCCGAUAAUGAACAAAAAAUAUAUAACACGAAGGCGCAUUGAGAAACAGGAAAAUGAAUAAUCUCUCAGCAAAACUCGAGUACAAUCUGAAGACAAAAUGUGUUCAUUUGACUCCCAGUGUCCUAAAGCGAAAAAUAAUCGAAAAACCGAUAAAUGUGACAAACAAAAAAAAAGCCACAAUAUUCUCCGUCUCAAUUAUAGUGAUUGUUUUCUUUCGGCGCAUAAUAGAAAUCGAAAUUAGACAAAUUGAGUGAUUUAGAUAAAAAAAAAUAAUAAUAAAGCGUAUAACGUUACGCUAAACAUAUCGAUAUAAUUGUUGACUUGAAUUUACACUUUUCUAAUUUAAAACAAAUUUUUGGAACUUCUUCUCAACUUAGCUAUAGUCUUUUCAAAAAAAAUAGUCGAAUUACCAUUUUCUCUUCUUGAUAAAAUUCGGAUAAAAGGGCUUUUGUCCAAAGAGAAAUAUUUGAAGAUUCGAAGCUUUUCUAUUUUCAAAUUUCGAGCUUCAAGCCUUCCAAUAUUACGUUCCUAUCAAAAAAAAAAAAAAAAAAAAAAAAAUUAAAAAGGUUCCAAAAACCCUAGAUUCUCGUGCCUCUUUCGUAUACUGUUUUUCAAUGAAAGAAAUCAUUGGCACUGAUCAAACUCUUAAAUACUCAAUACAGAUGUGUGCUUCCUUCAAUAACGACUAUCUAGGAUAAGCAAAAACAAAAAAUAAAACAUGACUCUCUGUUAACAUUUUGUAUAAUGCCCAUCAGGCAUAUUUUACCCCGUAGAGUACAUGUUUUUUUUCGAAAUAACAUAUAAAUCAAGUCAAGAGCUUCAUAUCAAAGCUCAAUUUACUACAAGUGCUUUUACUUGUAGUUUAUAGGUAAAAAAAAAUUUCAUUUCAAAGGGAAAAAAUUAUAUUGACAUAAUAAUAUAUUUAAUGAAAAAAAAAAAUGACAAAAGGAGACGUGACCUUUUUUCACUGACAAGAAAAUUGCCAUACUGCCAAACCUUGACAACUGUUAAAAUGCCAUAUCCAAUGUGCACGAUAAGGGAACUUCUCAAUACCUAAAAACUAUUAUUUUAAUUAGAGCGUAACUAAAAAGAAAAAAAAACUGUUGUAAGCAUAGUUUAAGAGAUGCCAUUAGGAAUGUGAAGUUUAUGCGAAUUAAUGAAUGAAAGGAUUCAUUUCCUUUUGAAUGAUAUCAGGUACGUGUGGAAAAAAAAUAGUUUAUAUAUAGAGAUACUGAAUGUUGAAAUCACGUACUGUUGACCUGCGCCCUCGAGAAAAAGAAAAUCACAUGUACAAAGUCGCACUUCAACCUUUUUCAUUUCUUUCUUUCUUUUUCGUUCAUUUAUAUUUUCCGGAGCAAUUUGUACUAUGUUUAAAAAAUUGUUGUCUCAAUUUCAAAUUUAUUUUCAUGAAAAAAAAGAAUAAAAAUAUUUUCAUUUAUGUAUGAGUACACAAAAAAGAACAAAACUAAAAAAAAAAAAAUACUAAGAAUAAGUACAAAAUUUAUUACCGUACUUAACACAAAGAGAAAAUAAAUAAAAAUUGAAAAUAAUAAAAAUGUAUAAUACUAAACUUGAAAUUUAAAUUAAAUAUAAUUUAAAAUUUUUAUUUAAAAUACAUUCUUUUAUUCGAGUGAAUUUAAGUAAUAUAAAAAUAAAAUUUCUUUUAACUCUCCUAAAAAUACAAAUUGCUCCAAAAAAAAUUCUUUCUCACUCUUAUUUUGUAUCUUGUAAACAAUUAUCACUUCCGCUAUCUAUGUACAAAAAUGUCCCCUUGUAUUUAAAAGUUAGCGGAAUUUAUUAUAAAUGCAUUAACAGAGACCAAGAGAAUAACAAAAAUAUGGAAAAAAAUUAUAUUGAAACUAAAUAAAUUUUUGACUAAAUAGUGUAAGUAUUCGAAUACAAUCUAGUUAAAACUUUGUACAUUAAUUCUUCGGUCUGUAAUGACAAUAAGCUCACGCUUAUUUAUGUCCUCCGAUUUUUACGAGUACAUAUUUGUACCGUAUUGUACAUUUCUUUGAUAAACUAUUCAUAAAAAGGUACAAACUGCCUCGACUAUUGUAUAGAGUGUCAUAAGUAUAAUGUGACGAAAGCAAUAAGCAAAUUUUUUUUUAUUUUUGAUAUUUUCUUGGCACAACUAAUAAGCACCAGUGAUCUAUAUUAUUUUUACUACACUGUUAUCAAUAUUUUAUUCUCAUUUUUAUUUUUUCUAUUUAUAUAUAUAUAUAGUUUUUUUUCGGUGCACCUAUUGUACUUUAACAAUCAUUCCAUUAUUUUAUUAAUACAAUGAGGGUCAGGAAUUUACAAUUGUGUGUAAAUAAAAGCACCAUCUGUCAUUAACAACAUUAUAAAUAUUAUAUAAGAAAAAUAAUAUAUACAUAGAUAUAUAUUAUUAUAAAUAUUAUUCUGAAGAGAUGAGAGAAAGAAAGAGAGAGAGAGAGAGAGCAAACACGAUUUAGUGGCAUGUGAAUAUUUUCCAUGCUAUCGGUAUAUAUAAGUAAAUUUUAAUAAUCUAGAACCCCAGAUUUUACUUAAAAAUAUUUAGACAUCAUUUUGUGUAUGUGGCUUUUAAUUUUAACAUUUUUCUUGUAAUUUUUGUCUGAAUUUACAUUAAAAGAAUUUUUAAUAUUUUCUCCUGCUUUUUUAAAAGUUUUUUUAUGCAAAAAUAAUUUAUUAUUAUUUUUAUUAAAAUUUUAUAUUUAUUAUAAACUAAUUAAAUAAUUUAAUUAAUAAAUAAAAAAAUUUAAUUAAACAAUUAAAGAAUUCAGUUAAACAAAUUUAAAUAAUUCAUUUAAAUAAUAAAAUGUUUACUUUUUCACAAUAAACAAAGAAAAAUAACAAAUUUAGAAAAAAACUUUAAGACACAUGAUGUUUAAAUAAAAAGCCUCAUACAAUUUUUAUACUUUGUAACAUUGUCUUUUUUAUACAUUUUUACAAAUCAACUUGCAAACUACUUUUUUAGAUGCUUUUCAUUUUUUAGCUAUAUGAGAAUAUUAGUUUCUCAUUUUUUUUUUUAUUUUAUUUAAUUUACUUCUUAUAUUUAAAAUUGAGUAAUUGUGACAGUAGAUCGAAUAUAACACUUAAAACAAACUGCAUUUAUUUUAUUAUUUUGUAUUAAGAUUUUUCUAAACAAGACUAUUUUUACGCAGAGAUUUAUAUUAUUUGUAUUACUAUUACUAUAUAUUAUUUGUAUUAUUAUUACUAUUAUUAUUGUCAGACUGUAUUGGAACAAAAUUAGUAAUUUAAAAUUAAAUAGGUACUAAAUUUAGGUAAAAAAAAAAAAAUUUUAUAUUUGCCGUUUAGAAAUUUGUGUAAAUUAAUUCUUUUAUUUCUUUCUGUAAAUUGAAUCAUCGAAAAAUCGAAAAUUGUAUAUAACAUAAGUGGAAAAAAAGGAACUGAUGAAUUGUAUUAUUUUAUAUUUAAAAAUUGUAAUUCUUCAUUAAUGCGUAGCUUUAAGUUUUUUGUGUCCCAUAUGUUCAGAAUUUGUGACAAAUAAAUUCCUUAAAACACAUUAAAAAUUUGUGAUUGAGUGCAUACUAUUCCAAAUUUCAUGUUCAUUGCAAAAAUAUUAAAUCUAUAAAUUCUUUAAUUUAAUUUAAUUAUUUUAAAAAUUUUCUAUAUUUAUUUCUUCACCAAUAUUAUUUUAUUCUUUUAUUUUACUUAUUUUAAUUCAUAUUUUCUUUCUUUUGAAAGACAUAUCUUUUACUAUUUUUUUUUUAAUUUAAACUAAAAAUUAGAGUCCAUAAAUUUAAAAAGAUUUGCACUGUAUUCGUUUCAUAAAAAGAGGAAUAAUUUUUUUAAACAUUCGAUCUACUGUCGAGUUUUAUUAAAAUAUAUUUACGUUUUUUUUUAACUCAUUCGCAAAUUAUGUCCACGCACACAUUGUAUAGUUCUAAAAUUCAUAAAAAUGAGAUUCAAAUGACUGCAGUACAAGCUUAGAAGGAAUGACUUGUAAAAUGUAGAACGAAACAGAAACGAAAUCGUCACGAGUAGAUAAGCGAAUGAGAUGGAGAAAUUAUUUUGUGAUACUUUCUUCCGGAAUGGAAUAAAAUGAUUUAGAGCAGGAGUAGUAAAUAAAAUGUUAUCAAUUACGAAGAAAAAAAAAAUUAUCAUAAAUACUGCGUAUUAGAAGACUGUUGACACUGCAUUGUACAAUAUGUAUUGCCGUAUGGCAUCAAUAAACUAGUAAUUAACGUA